AUGGGCGCCCUAUUUGCAACAGAAGGCAUCAAUGGACAAGUCAUCGUGUACUCACGAUACUGUCCCUUCAAGCCCAUCAAAAUCGCCGUCAUCGGCGCCGGAAACGUCGGCGCCUCCACCGCCUACUCCCUCAUGCUCGACGGCCUCGCCGCCGAAAUCGUCAUCAUCGACGUCAACCACGCCAAAGCCGAAGGCGAAGCCAUGGACAUCACCCACGCCGUGCCCCUGUCCCCUUCCGGCCAGACCCGCGUCUAUGCCGGCGGCUACCGCGACCUCUACGACGCCGCCGUCGUCGUCGUCACCGCCGGCGUGAACCAGAAACCCGGCCAGACCCGCCUCGACCUCGUGCACGCCAACGCCGCCAUCUACCGCACCAUCAUCCCCGAAGUCGCCCACCACGCGCCCCGCACCGUCCUGCUCAUCGCCACCAACCCCGUCGACGUGUGCACCUACCUCGCCUACAAGCUCUCGGGGUUCCCCGCCCACCGCGUCCUCGGCUCCGGCACCGUGCUCGACUCCGCCCGCCUCCAGACCGAGCUCGGCGCCAUGUUCGACGUGAACCCGGCGUCCGUCCACGCUUUUGUCGUCGGCGAGCACGGCGACUCCGAGGUCGUCCCUUGGUCGCUGGCCUCCAUCCAGGGUAUGCGUCUACCGGAAUUCUGCCGCGGCGCUGACCUGCCCUACGACGCUGAUGCGCUGCGUGCCGCUGCCGCCCGCACUCGCACAGCGGCGUACGAAAUCAUCAAGCGCAAGGGCGCUACCGACUUCGCCAUCGCCGCUGCUCUCACUUCCAUCGUGCGCGCCGUCGUCCGCAGCGAAGACUCCUUGCUGACCGUCUCUCGCGUGGGCUCCUAUGCCGGCGUCGACGACGUCUGCCUCAGCGUCCCGGCUAGGGUCAACAGCAAGGGUGCUAGGACCAUUUCUACUCUCGUCCUCGAGCCGGAUGAGGAGGAGGCCUUGAGAAAUUCGGCGCUGCGGAUCAAGGAGGCGAUUGAGUCUCUUGGGGACCUGCUUCAGACCUAA